AUCAAAUGGCAGACGUAGCCGUCGCAGCUCCCGCCGACAAGAAGGCACCUCCCAAAUUCAAGCAGAGGACCACACGCACCUUCAAGAGCAAGGCACCUAAACCAGGCCAGAAGGGAUUCGGAGACGACAUCCCCGGCAUGGAGGGUCUUGGUACAGACAUCACAGUGGUUUGCCCAUGGGAAGCCUUUGGUGACAUGGAGCUCAGUGACCUGGCGAAAUUUGGAAUAGUUUAGCUCUCUUUGCUCUGCCUUUACUCCUAUCGUCACUAUUGUCCCUUAUAUAUUCCUACUAUUGAUUUUUUGAUUAAGCAGCUGAAAAGCUACUACCUGUGUGCUCUAGAGAGGAGGCAGGCCCCCCUGAUGAUUUAAAAUGAUUUAAAGGUUUGACCAAGAAAAUAUCCAGCACUCUUUGUUGUUUAAUGCACUUUAUUUGCCCCUGCCUUUCCACCAACUCUCCAUUAUCAUUUUCUAUUUUUCCUCACCCCUGCCUUCUCUUUUCCCCCCAAUUCUCUCUUUUCCCAUUCUUGCCUCUCAUAGUGAAUGGUAUCAGCGACUCUGGACUUGAGCUUUUACUUUCCACAGAGGAAAAAAAGAAAUCAAAUGGAAUACAUUAUACAUUUUGUAAAAAUGAAAGAGGGUCUGGUAUCUGUUACUAUGAUGUCCCUAGACUGUUCUGCUCUUCUUACAUUUCCACCUCUUCUCCACAAAGCUGCUGAUUCGACAUGCAGAGUUCUAUUUUGUCAGCUAAAUCAGAUUUUUAUUUUUAUGAGAAG